AUGCUUCUCUAUCCGUUGUCAGUAACCCGAGCAUUAAUCUUAUUUCUUUCAUUCUUUUUUUUCUAUCUUUCUUUAUCUGGAGUCUUUCUUUCUUUCUUUCGAGUAUUUCUUUCUUUCCUUUUUUCCUUUCUUUCUUUAUCUGGUGUCUUUCUUUUUCUUUCUUUUUCUUUUCCUUUCUUUUUCCUUUCUUUAGAGAGUUUCUUUUUUUUUCCUUUUUCUUUUCUUCCUUUCUUUCGAGUAUUUCUUUCUUUCCUUUUUUCCUUUCUUUCUUUAUCUGGUGUCUUUCUUUCUUUCUUUCUUUCUUUAUCUGGAGUCUUUCUUUCUUUCUUUCUUUCUUUCCUUUUUUCCUUUCUUUCUUUAUCUGGAGUCUUUCUUUCUUUCUUUCUUUCUUUUUUUCCUUUUUUCCUUUCUUUCUUUAUCUGGAGUCUUUCUUUCUUUCUUGUAAAUAAGGUAGCUGUGAUUGGAUUUCAUCGACUGAAACGGAAAAAAAUGAACGAUUAUGAUUAUUUGUAUUGA